AAGCAACAGGGAAAAGGUACAGUCUUUCAGCAUUGAGCGUGACAGAACGGACAGUGCAAUUGCACCACUAACACGUUUCACAGAUAACGCCGACUUCAGGAUGACAUUACAUUGCAGAUCUUAGUCACAUUUACUGGCGGACGCGUUUCUUUUUCGCAAAGAGACCAACCGACACAAAGUGUGGAAUUUAUUUUAAAGAGCCCACUGGCACACCCGUAUACUACCGUAUAUUAUACUAUUACCAUGGCCUUGGACAAGGAAAUAAACAAGCGGGCUUUGCAAGAUCUGCUACGUAAACCUGGCAACAGUAAUUGUGUGGACUGCGGGGCUUCAGAUCCGGACUGGGCCUCCUUCACGCUGGGAGUUUUCAUCUGUCUAAACUGCUCUGCGAUUCACAGAAACAUCCCCCAGAUUAGCAAGGUCAAGUCUGUCUCUAUCGAUGCCUGGGAAACUGCUGAAGUGGAGUUCAUGGACUCUACAGGAAACAAUGCUGCUAAAGCUGAAUAUGAACAGAAGGUGCCACCGUUUUACUACACACCAACAUUUGCUGACUGCCAACUACUGCGAGAACAGUGGAUCCGCGCCAGAUAUGAGAGAAAGGAGUUUGUUCACAUUGAUAAACAAGAGCCCUAUUCUGCAGGCUACAGAGAAGGGUUACUAUGGAAACGAGGCCGGGACAACGGGCAGUUCUUAAGCAGGAAGUUCAUUCUAUCCGAACGAGAGGGGGCCCUGAAGUACUUUAACAAGCAUGAUGCGAGAGAACCCAAAGCCAUCAUGAAGAUAGAAAGUCUGAACGCCACGUUCCAGCCGUCAAAAAUAGGGAAUCCUAACGGACUGCAGAUCACUUACCUGAAGGAUAACAGCACAAGGAAUAUAUUUGUGCAUCAUGAAGAUGGGAAGGAAAUAGUUGACUGGUUCAACGCUAUCAGAGCAGCAAGGUUUCACUACCUACAAGUAGCAUUUCCAGGAGCCAGCGAUGCAGAUUUGGUUCCAAAACUUACCAGGAAUUACCUUAAAGAAGGUUACAUGGAGAAGACAGGUCCAAAGCAUACAGAAGGUUUUAAGAAGAGAUGGUUCACCAUGGAUGACAGGAGACUGAUGUAUUUUAAAGAUCCUCUGGAUGCCUAUGCCCGUGGCGAAGUGUUUAUUGGAAGUGAAAAAAACAGUUAUGUUGUAAAGCCAGGUCUUCCACCAAGUACCCAGGGCUACCACUGGCAGCAUGGAAUCACCAUCGUCACCCCAGACAGGAAGUUCCUGUUUGCCUGCGAGACUGAGCAGGAUCAAGUUGCCUGGAUUGCUGCGUUUCAGAAGGUUAUAAACAGGCCAAUGCUGCCACAGGAGUAUGCAGUGGAGGCUCACUUUAAGCACAAGCCAUGAUGUCAAACUGCAAGGAAACAGCUGGAUUAGAACACCUGUACUUUGAUUCAAAAGGAGAGGUCAGUCCACCAUUUGAACCUGGAGGUGUCAUUGAAUACCUCUGUGGAGGGCUCCAUUCAUUCAGAUAUUCUUAAGAGACAAUACAUGAGCUGCAAGCAGUCAACCUGCACAAAGCCAAGCUGAUUUCCCACCCCCUCCAUGCAGCCAAACCAUACUAGUGUGUGUCAACAUGUGAACAUCAAAUGUACCUCCAUUGUCAAUGUUGUUAAAUGUAGAUUUUAAUGUAUGUUGUCUAAUGAAGUUUAAUAUUAGUAAAAAGCUAUUCAAUUUAAAUCUAUCAAAAAGGGAAGUUUAACACUGGAGAGCUUGCAGCACACAGGGUUUCACUGGGUUAUGUUUCUACAUUGGUUUUGAUUCCCAACAAUACAGUACUUUACAGUGGAGGGUUCUAACCUGCCUUCUCUUCUGCCCUCUCGUCUGUGUAUUUCACAGUUAAAAUGAAUAAUACAACAGGCGUUUUCCCUGAGCUGAGGUGGUCAUUUUUUUAAUUGUUGGGGGAUGCAGUAAAACUAAAUGCUUCAGUAUCAGAUUUGGGCCCAUUUUCACUACAGAGAUUAAGAAGCAGGGAGGUCAAGUUAAAAUGUGCCAGGCUUCCUAAACAUUUGAACUAAACUCAGAGAUAAGCAGUCACUAAAUGUAUUCAAAGUGUUAUUUAUAUGCUUUGUUUGUCCUUAAACAGUGUACAAAUAUUGACUGGAGUUUAUAAUAGAAAACUGUUUCUCAACGAUUGUGGGCAGCUUUAUUUGUCACUGCUCCGCCAUCUUGUUUAUUUUGGGGAGGCAUCAGAGAGCACCGUUGACUAAACAGUAGACACGUUUUUGGGCAACAACACACAAUAUUUUUGGUCCUUUGAUUCUACAUUAGCCAAUUGGAAUGUGGUUUUCAAACUAAGGGUUUAGUCAUGUAUUUGAGUACAUGAGCAUUGUUUAAGCAAUGUUAAGUUACACAAUUCUGAAGCUGGUUCCAAGAUUGUGCUUCAUCUUUGUAGAUUUGCCACAAUCAGAACAUGCCUAACUAUAGUUAAUAACAUCUGUUAAUAUUAUAAAAUAUUGUGGAAACAAGAAAUCUAAUUGUUAUUGAAUGCAAUUUAAAUAUGUACACAGUGUAUGGUCACAGUUUAUACAAUAAAUAGAGGAAUACCUUUACAAAAAAACCAAAAAAAACAGUUAUUUUCUUCCUGGGGCCAGACCCUGCUUGGUAUAUGGCACCACAGCCCAUUCCAUCCUGUCACCUCUCAACAACAGGACUAGGCAGCCCAUUCCAUCCUGUCACCUCUCAACAGGACUAGGCAGCCCAUUCCAUCCCCUCACCUCUCAACAACAGGACUAGGCAGCCCAUUCCAUACCCUCACCUCUCAACAACAGGACUAGGCAGCCCAUUCCAUACCCUCACUUCUCAACAGGACUAGGCAGCCCAUUCCAUACCCUCAUUUCUCAACAACAGGACUAGGCAGCCCAUUCCAUACCCUCACCUCUCAUUGGUAUACUGUGGUACUGAAUGUCUAGAUUCAUGUACAUUUUCUAUAUAUGUAAUGUUUGUCAACAUGUUUUAGCUUCAAUUUCAGUUUGUUAAUUAUUUUGUCUUAACAUAAAUGUUUAAUCUUUCAUUAUUAACAAACAUAACAAGUAAAACAAAUUCCCUUUUCAAGAAUGAAAUGUAACCAUUACCUAAUGGGUGUUUACCUCCCGAAACCUGAAGAUAUAUCAUAGCUGCUCCACUGAGCAGUCAUGCCGAGCAGUCCAUCUUUGAUGAGCCUGCUGCCUCUCCUGGGGCCCCCCAAUGCACCAGGAUUUUCUUUUGAAAUCCAGUCGUACUGGAGUCACCCGGCUACAGUGCCGGCUGUUUCCCGGUCAACAGAUCCGUUAUACAGCGUGCACGACGCGGAGAAGCAGGGUUUGGCACAAUUCCCACCUGUAGAGUAUUGGCGUCAGUGCACCAUGGGCAUCUGGGUGCUUACUACCGUUCACACUGGCUACUCUCUGCAGCUCAAGCACAGUCCCCCUACCUUUCAGGGCAUGACUCCAAUGUUAGUCACGGACCCGCAAGACGCUGUGGUAGUGUCUCAAGAGGUGGCAGCUGCUGCAAAAAUUGGUUAUUUGCACGAUACACCCUCUCCACUUGAAGGAAGGGUUCUACUCCAGGUACUUCCUGGUGCCCAAGGGGGAUGGUGGCCUCAGACCAAUCUUCGACCUCAGACAGGUCCAUCUGUAUCUGAGUUUUUGCAGGAGGUUCAAGGGAGACAUGUGCUUGUCCGUAUGGACACACUACAGUGGUGGCUUACAUAAACAACCAGGGCAGCCCCAGACCUCCCAGUCUCAAUCGUGCAAUUUUUAGAAGGAUAUUGUUCCUAGCUGGGGGCUUAACAUGGCACUUGAAGCACUCAUAAAGCCUCCAUUUGAGCCCUUGCAUUCAGCUGAGCAGAAAUUCUUAUUGCUCAAAGCGGCUUUCUUGCUUGCAAUCACCUCCGCAAAGCAGGUGUUUGAGAUGCAGGCAUUCUUAAUUGCGAAAGCUUUCUUAAUUUUUGUAGAAGCCAGGACUGAAGGUUACGCUUCAUACCAAUCCUGCUUUUUUGCCGAAGAUUAUCUCGGCAUUUCAUGUCAGCAGUCCUGUGGAACUGGAGGCUUUCCAUCCACCUCCUUUCCAGUCUGAUAGAGUGGCAGCUCCAUAUGUUUUGUCCUGUGCGGGCAUUAGCUUAUUAUGUUGACAGGAUGAGAAGUUUGAGGCAGUCCAAACAGUUUUUUGUCUGCUGUGGGGCGAAGUCCCAUGGUCAAGCCCUGUCUAAGAGAGGCUGUCCGAAUGGAUAACAGACACAAUCAGUACUGCCUAUGAGCAAGCCAACUUGCAAUGCAGCAGUGUGGGAUACUCCCCAUACCUUUACUAGGUUCUACAGACUAAAUGUCGUGGAUCCACAAAACCCUGGCUUUGGAGCUAGAGUAUUAAGGUUGGCUACCGGGUGGACCCUUACAACAUAGACAUAGAGAUGAGUUUCUACCUCAAUUUUUUAGCCCUAACUUCUUGUUACUAAGGUUCCUAAUGGUGAUGCACAAGGUAGCCUCUUGGCUUAUAGCAUUCCAGUUGUUCUGCAGUAUUGCCCUUGCGACGGCUUGGGUAUACUCACCCAUUAGGUAAUGGUUACAUUACCAGUCACAGAUUUCUUUACCUACUCUACCUCUAUUACUUCCCAGUUAAUUAAAUGAAUUGGCCAUCUUGCAUGAGGUGCUUUUGGGUAGCUUCCUCCAUGGAAGUUGGGAGAGAGUAAUUUCCACCUCCCAGGGAGUGCCAUUGCAAUCUGGUUUGAUCUCACUCUUGUCAAUGGAAAGAAACGGGACAUUUCAAAUCGCUUUCAACUUCAGUGGUAGAUGAAAACAGGGCUUAAGUUGAACCAAUGUAAUUUUGUCAUUAAAGUGAUUGUAGCUAGCAAAAUAAUUCCAUAAGUCAUAUCUAUUGUGCACUUCCAUUCGUUAUAAAGGAUAAGGAUUUGUUGGCAGUUUUGAAAGACACGCAUUCAGAAGCACGGCAGACUGGUUUGCAAAGUAGGUUUAUAAAGCUUAUAGAUUGUUAGAUGAUAAGAACUUGUUAGCAAUUCGGUUGUAACUUGACCAAUGAACCAAUGCUACGUACUAGCGGUCAUAUCACAGAAUGAGUUCAAUGAGUAAUGUCGAUUUACUGCCUGAAACCUCGCUACACUAUACAUUCCUGUUAUUGACCAAUCAGCUGCUUCCCCUAUUGACUGACAUGCUUUCAGUCAGUAACAGGACCCAGAAGACACUGCUGUGGUAAAAUGACCCAAGAAGUGUAACUGUAACAGAUGACCUGAACUAAGGCUGGCGUGGGGAGCUUCUUUUAACCUAAAGUGAUACCAGAUAUCAUGUUUUAAACAGAAAAUACAUGUGUGCUAUACUUGAGAUGAAAGUAACAAAUGAAUGUGCAAACACAAUUACGGAAUUAUUAGCUCAAAUAAGUGUGUCAACCCUAACCAGUGUGCUGCUAAUACUCAACGUAUGUAUAUAAACGAAUGCCUAAUGCUAGUAGUGGCAUGUAAGAUUGAAACAGUAUGACAAAACAAACUUAAAAUACCAUGUUGACUUAUUUAAAUGGAUUCUUGUAUGUGUCCUGGGGGGCUGUUCACAGCAAUACACUGUUAAGUGGCAUGUACAUAAAGUUUCCUGUGUAUUAUUUUGAAUGGAUGCUGUUUUUGAAGCUGUAUUUAUAUCCAAAUGUGUUCAUAAUUAUUGAAUUUAGGAAAUUAAACUUCAUUUAACAAAUGUU